AUGGCUCUCCGAUUCCCCGUCGCGGUACGGCCGCUCCGAGCCCUCGGGCUCCCCAAGCCUUCAGUGCAACAAGUGCGACGGCUUGCGACACCAGUGCCCCCAGUCACGCAGAAUUCCUCUGGCGGCCCAACGGCCAUGGUCUUUCUCAACAUGGGCGGCCCAUCCACAACCGAUGAGGUCGGCGACUUCCUCAGCCGGCUUUUUUCCGAUGGCGACCUCAUCCCGCUUGGCCGGCUCCAAGGCUACAUUGGCCCUCUUCUCUCCACUCGCCGGACGCCCAAAAUCCAAAAGCAGUACGCAGCCAUUGGCGGCGGCUCGCCCAUCCGCAAAUGGUCAGAGCACCAAUGCACCGAAAUGUGCAAAAUCCUCGACGAGAUCUCUCCCCAAACGGCCCCGCACAAGCCCUACGUAGCCUUCCGCUACGCGAACCCGCUCACCGAGGACAUGUACCGCCAAAUGCUAGCCGACGGUUUUGGUAACGGCCGCGGCGGCCGCGCUGUGGCUUUUACGCAAUACCCUCAGUACUCAUGCUCGACGACGGGGAGUAGUCUGAACGAACUAUGGAAGUGGCGCCAGAGGCUGGAGGGCAAGGCCGGGCCGUUGGCCGACGCUGGGAGUGGGAAUGCGGCCGGGAGCGAGGACGGGACGAUCAAAUGGAGUGUUAUCGACCGAUGGCCGACCCAUCCCGGUUUGGUCGAGGCGUUUGCGCAAAACAUUGAGGCCAAGCUUAAAGAGUACCCCGAGGAGGUGCGGGAUAAGGUGGUGCUGCUCUUCUCGGCCCACAGCUUGCCCAUGACAGUGGUGAAUAGGGGUGACCCCUACCCAGCCGAGGUCGCCGCUACCGUCCACGCCGUGAUGCAGCGCCUCAACAACGUCAACUCCUGGCGUCUCUGCUGGCAAUCACAAGUCGGCCCCCAGCCCUGGCUGGGUCCCCAAACUUCGAGCUCUGUGGAGAACUACAUCGCGAAGGGCCAAAAGAACCUGCUCUUGAUCCCCAUCGCCUUCACGUCUGACCACAUCGAGACGCUGUACGAGCUCGACGAGGAGGUCAUUGGUGAGUCGGGACAUGCCGACACCGUCAAGCGCGUGGAGAGUCUGAAUGGCAGCCCCGUCUUUAUUCGUGCUCUUGCGGACCUUGCCAAGUCACAUUUGAGUAGUGGCAUUGCUUGUUCGACGCAGAUGGGGCUUAGGUGCCCGGGGUGCAAAAGUGACAGGUGCACGGAGUCGAAAAAGUUCUUUGCUAGCCAGAGGGUAUAG